AUGGCUCUUGCAGGUCCGUCAUGUAGACGCGCUGGCCGGACUUGGAACGGCGUGCUUUCUCGGAAUCUCGCCACCGUAGCGGAUGUACCUGCCUCAUCCGCCCGGUCUCGAAGCUCUCUCAAGCCUAUCUUGUACACAGCCGUCAUUCUCAACCGCGCACCGUUUCUCACCCCCAGUCCUACACCCUUCGAACGAGCUUUUUACGCAUACCAACAACGUAUCCGUCGCUCUCUCCACAACCCCUUUCCCUCCGAAUUCUACUUCAAGCCCGGCUCUCUGCUAGAAGCGCGAUUUAAUUCGGAGGAGCGGCAACGAGAAAGAAUCGCUUGGGGGCCCACUUUUGCGAAGGAAGACGACAUGUCUGCAGAGGCUAAGGCCGCUGAGAAAGCCGCUAUCGAGCAGAUGGAGCUCCAGGAGCGUUCCGAUGAUAAACUCAUGCCGCGAGUGCAUCCUUCUGACACGGCGCGCGACUACCGUAGUUUGGAUCGUAAAGGGCGAAGAAACAUCUACCUGCUCGUCCAGAGAAUUGGUGAGGAUGGCAAGCUUAUUUGGGAGUUUCCCAACGGCGUGGCCAAGUCGGGAGAUAUGCUGCACGAGGUUGCCCAACGAGAAUUGGCAUCCAACUGCGGAGAUUCCAUGGACACUUGGAUUGUAACGCGCAAACCCAUAGGAAUUCACAAGCCUCAGCUUGCUGCAGUCACACCGUCUACACCACAGGCUUGUCUGCAUCGUCGUCCAUUAAACGAAGUAAUUGAUUUCCAUUCCCCACAGAACAUCACUUUCUUCUACAAGGCCCACAUCAUGGCGGGGCAAGUCAAGCCGGCAGACUCAAUCAAAAACUUUGCCUGGGUCACCAAGCAGGAGAUUGAAACUCGGGUGGGAGGGGAUUAUUGGGCAAGUGUAAAGGACAUGCUCUCAGACCAUUGA